AUGUAUUCAGCUGGUCUUCCUUAUGCUGUGUCUCAGCCAGUGAUCUCUAUUAAUGGAACUAAAGGCUGGGGGGUGGUCCUGAAGUGUGAGUCUGGGGGCUGGUUUCCUGAACCUGAGAUGGAGUGGCUGGACAGUUCUGGAACCAUCCUCCCUGCUGAUGGACCUCCAGAGAAACACAGGGACUCAGAGGGCCUCUACGCUGUGAGACAACAUGUCACCGUGUACAAGACUGACACCAACAAGUUCACAUGUAGAGUUAAUCAGACGAAGAUCAACCACCUGAAGGAGACAGAGAUUCAUGUCCCAGAUGACGUGUUUCCUAUAUUACCCUACUGGUGGAUUGUUUGUCUAAUAGCAGCAGCAGCUGUUGUAGGAGUUUUUGCAGGUUCAGCUGGUGUCUACUGGUGGAGAAAAUGUACAGGUGAGUUUAACCUUGAUGUCUGA